CACAAGACAGACGUAGGUGGUGCAAGUGAGCACUGAGCGUGGUGUGGCUCAGGUGGAGGCGGGGGGUGGCUGAUGUGCCUUGUGCUUCUUCCCGUGACUGACUGACUGUGACUGUUUGAAUCUUGUAACGGUGCUCAUCCUCUCCAUCUGUUGGAAGCGAGGUUUCCUAAAGAAUUCCUCCAGCCCGCCCUUUGAACCCGUCAAAUCGUCUAUCCUCCCUAGAGUCCUUGGUCAGUGUUUACCUCGGGGGUUGUGUAGUGGAGAAAAGGCACCCCGGCCCCGCGCUCGUAAGUCCGGGUUAUGAGUAACGAAACCCUACGGGGUCCCUAGAGACUCGAGAGCUGUUUACUUCUGAGAGUUCACAUAUCACUCAUACAGGCCUUACCUCCCACCCCAAAACCUCCCAUUCCCCCCAUGGGUCCCCAAGGUUGUUGGGCUGGGGAGGGAUAACAAAAGAGCCUUAUUAUGAGGAAGUGCUAUUGGUAUAAUUGCAGUUUGCAGUUCAAGCUGACCUGAUCUUUGGUUCAUGAUGACCAGCAGAAAGGAUCAUAGUUGCAGAAAAAGAGUGCAGGAGGAGGAAUCUGAAUAUGUAUGCCCUCCAUGGAACUUCUCCUGGAUAGUGCCUGGGGAAAUCUGUGGCUCAGCUUGGCCAGAGACUCAAGCCAAUAUUGAUUAUCUCAGGAGUGAAGGAGUUGGAGUUCUAGUGAGCCUGAGUGUGGAGCGACAGCCUCACAGGUCAGCCAAGAAGAUCAUGGACUGCCACUUGAUUCCUGUUGAAGAGUUUGAGGAUCCCAGUAUGGAGCAGAUUACACAGUUCCUUGAUAUCUGUGAUAAAGCUCGGCAGGAUAAGAAGGUACUAAGAAAACAUACAGAUGGAGAUAAGUUCUAAGAUUUUAUUUUUUGAUAUAGGUCUGUUCCACAGUACAUUUGGCCACUCAAAAAUAUGACCAUUGUGUACCUAGCAGGCAUAAAAAUACUUUACCACUGC